AUUAGAAGCCAAGCAUAGCGGAGUGACUACUCGUCAGGCGCGCAGCAGUCCUGCUCCUACCCAGUUCCUGUUUCCGCCUUCUGUCUUCAGACAGUUUACAACUCAAAGCAUCAUGUUCAGGCAGAAUAUAGACCUUGAAGAAAUGCAAGCUCAAUGAGAUAAAGCCAGGAAGAAGUUGUUCUCUGGAUUCCCAAGUGAGGAUUCUGUGAGGCUUCUAAAAAAGAGCAGAAGACCACUGAGAGCCAGAGAGACUGAGCCGUCUGCCAGUCAGUCAGAGGACUGCAGAGACACAGAGGGUGACACCAGUGAGCUGGCCAGACUACCAGAGCCCGGCUCAGCACAAGCCCAAACCAGCCUAGCCCAGAGAGGGCCCACCCAGGAAGGCAGGCCACAACAAUGGACCUCAACCCAUCCUAACCCCCUGCAGGAACCAUAGCCAUGCAUUAACUAACCCCACCAACCAAACCCCAACUGGACCACGCUCACCUCCUCCGUUCUCCCUCCACCCUACGCCCUCCAUCGCCGUUCUCACCAUGCUUCAGAGCCUAUUGUGACGGGAGUGCUGCUCACCCCCCCAUCCCUCACCCCUCCGCCACAGAGACCCCAGAGGGGUGAAAGAUGCGGCCAUGGGCAGGUUCGUGGCGCUGGAUUAUGCUGGUGCUCCUUGCGUGGGGUACACUGCUGUUCUACAUCGGAGGACACCUGGUUAGGGACAGCGAGCAUCCGGAGAGAUCCAGCAGAGACCUUUCCAAGAUCCUGGCCAAGCUGGAGAGACUGAAACAGCAGAAUGAGGACCUGAGACGCAUGGCUGAGACACUCAGGUUACCAGAGGGUCAGUCUGACGGGGGCCAGGUGGUGAGCGCUGGGAGACUGCGGAUCCUGGAGGAACAGCUGAUCAGAGCUAAAGAACAGAUAAACUCCUAUCGUAGCCUGCCUGGAGACGGGCCAGGUAGGAACCAGGAGGAGCUGCGGAGGAAGAUAGAGAACGGGGUGAAGGAGAUCUGGUACUUUGUCCGCAGUGAGGUCAAGAAGCUGGGUCACAUGGAGCAGGGGGACCUGCAGAAACACAGCGACACACUGCUGCAGGAGCUGGGACACCAGCAGAGGUCGAUCAUGACUGACCUGCACUACCUGAGCCAAGCUGAUGGAGCAGGAGACUGGAGAGAGAAGGAGGCCAAGGACCUGUCUGACAUGGUACAGAAUAGAAUCACAUACCUCCAGAACCCCCAGGACUGCUCCAAGGCUAGGAAGCUGGUGUGUAACAUCAACAAGGGCUGUGGCUACGGCUGCCAGCUGCACCACGUGGUCUACUGCUUCAUGAUCGCGUACGGCACCCAGCGUACCCUCAUCCUGGAGUCCCAGAACUGGCGCUACGCCACAGGCGGCUGGGAGACCGUCUUCCUCCCAGUCAGUCAGACAUGCACCGACCGCACCGGAGUCACCACCGGACACUGGUCAGGUGAGGCUAACGACAGAGACAUCCAGGUGGUAGAGUUACCCAUCGUUGACAGUCUCCACCCCCGCCCCCCCUACCUGCCCCUGGCUAUCCCAGAGGACCUGGCCCAGCGCCUCCACCGGCUCCAUGGAGACCCGUCCGUGUGGUGGGUGUCUCAGUUGGUCAAGUACCUGAUCCGGCCCCAGGCCUGGCUGGAGAAAGAGAUCCAGGAUACCACCGCCAAACUGGGCUUCAGCCACCCCAUCAUAGGGGUCCAUGUGCGACGGACAGAUAAAGUGGGGACAGAGGCAGCCUUCCACCCUAUAGAGGAGUACAUGGUUCAUGUAGAAGACCACUUCCAACAUCUGGCUAGACGCAUGCUGGUGAACAAGAAGAGAGUCUACCUGGCCACCGACGACCCCGCACUACUAAAGGAGGCCAAGGCUAAGUACCCAGACUAUGAGUUCAUCAGUGAUAACUCCAUCUCGUGGUCUGCGGGGCUACAUAACCGCUACACGGAGAAUUCACUGAGAGGAGUCAUCCUGGACAUUCACUUCCUGUCACAGACCAACUUCCUGGUCUGCACCUUCUCCUCACAGGUGUGUCGUGUGGCAUAUGAGAUCAUGCAGACCCUCCAUCCGGACGCCUCGUCUCACUUCCACUCCCUGGAUGACAUCUACUACUUUGGUGGCCAGAACGCCCACAACCAGCUAGCCGUGUAUGCCCACCAGCCCCGCAGCCCCGACGACAUCCCCCUGGAGCCCGGCGACCUGAUCGGGGUGGCGGGGAACCACUGGGACGGAAACUCCAAAGGCAUCAACCGCAAGACGGGCCGUACCGGCCUCUACCCGUCCUACAAGGUGAAGGAGAAGAUCGAGACCAUCAAGUAUCCUACGUACCCCGAGGCAGACAAGAUGCUGAAUCAGUAGAGAGAGACUGAGAUGCAGACUGAGAUGCAGACUGAGAUACAGACUGAGAUGCAGACUGAGGUACAGACUGAAAUGCAGACUGAGUUGCAGACUGAGAUACAGACUGAGAUGCAGACUGAGAUGCAGACUGAGAUGCAGACUGAGAUGCAGACUGAGAUUCAGACUUGGGUGCAGACUGGGGUGCAGACUGAGAUGCAGACUGAGAUGCAGACUGAGUUGCAGACUGAUAUACAGACUGAGAUACAGACCGAUAUGCCGACUGAUGGGCCGACUGAGAUGCCGACAGAUGCAGACUGCAAUGCAGACUGAGAUGCAGACUGAGAUGCAGACUGAGAGACAGACUGAGAUGCAGACUGAGACGCAGACUGAGAUACAGACCCGAGAUACAGACCUGAGAUACAGACUGAGAUACAGACUGAGAGACAGACUGAGAUGCAGACUGAUAUGCAGACUGAGAUGCAGACUGAGACGCAGACUGAGAUACAGACCCGAGAUACAGACCUGAGAUGCAGACUGAGGUACAGACUGAGAUGCAGACUGAGCGACAGACUGAGAUGCAGACUGAGAUACAGACCUGAGAUGCAGACUGAGAGACAGACUGAGAUACAGACGCACACUGCUCACUUAUGAGAGGAGAGAGACCCUCAGCCCGGUAGAGGGGACGAGGAGGAAAGCACUUUGAACGAGUGGUGGUGUUUGUCGGUGGAAGGGUUUGCGUGUGUGAGUGUGUUCAUGCUUGCUUGCAUGUGUGUGCGUGCGUGAGUGACAGAGGAGUAUCUACAGAGUAUCUACAGGGUAUCUGACGUACUCCUGACCCUCGGGGACUAGGACCCUCCAGUGGAUCCCUCCAUCAGGAUGGUUAAUAAGACAACAAUGAACGAAUGAAUGAACGACAAGAAGAAA